AUGUCCUUGAUGAAGCCGUGCGCCUACAUCUUCGCAUGCGUGAUUGUUGGACAACUGACCGAGGCUGUGGUCCUCCAUGAGCAGAUGACCCUGGAGUAUCCCCCUAACCAGCUGUACGGCCCAGUCCUUGCUGAUAAGACUUGCCCAACAGUGAACGGCACUGGACAGUACCCUGGCGUGUAUUCUAAGGAUCCUCGCUACUCGGUAUGCAUGCCGAUCGUCCCCGUGGCAAUGGAGUGUCCGUCUGCCCCAGCCAAGGGCGAACCCGUGCAUGAUGGGAAUCUCCCACUGUGCUUGAUUCCGUGUGAAACUGGGGCCGAUUGUCAAGAGGGAGCUGUCUGCCUCAAUACAGGGAAAACUAAGCUGUGCGCAUUCUUUAACGCUCAUGGUUAA